UUAUCGCAACACACACAAAUUUCAAGUCAGUUUUGUGAUUUAAUAAUAUUGGUGUUUAUAUUAUUAAAGAAAAUCAAAGAUAAAUUUGGGAUGAAUAAUCUGUGUAAAAAUUUAAAGUUUCCACGCUUUGCCCGAAACUCAAUUCGGAACAUUGUCGGCCUAAAUAAUAAUAAUAAUAAUAAUAAUAAUAAUACAUCCACUUUGGAACCAUUGCCUCAACGCGAACUGAUACGCGUCCAUGGUGCUGAGGUGACACCAUUCCUCCAGGGCCUCGUCACCCAGGACGUGUCCCGCCUGCAAGAGCCCAGUGGGCCAGCCUCAAUUUAUUCUCUAUUCCUGAAUCGUGCUGGUCGUUUAAUGUUCGACACCAUCAUCUAUCGGACCAAUGAUAAGGAUACAUAUCUGGUGGAAUGUGAUCGUGAUGCAUCCUCCGAUUUUCGUCGUCAUCUGCGCACAUAUCGUGUGCGUAAACACAUCGAUAUCGACACAGUCGAUGAUGAAUAUGUGCCCUGGGUGCUCUUCAACGACGGCCAACAGAAGGACACCGAGGCAAGGAUGGCCAGUAGCAAACAAAAGGCUAAGGAUUUGUUUAUCGCAUCGGAUCCGCGCAUCGGAAGCCUAGGCAUACGCAUUCUGGCGCCAUCGGAUAUGAGUGAUGCACAGCUGGCGACAACUUUGUGGCGCAAUCACGAAGUGAUCGCCGUCAAUCCCGACAUCGAGAAGAACUACAAGCUGUUGCGCUACAAGCAGGGCAUUGGCGAGGGCAUCGAGGAGCUGCCGCCUGGCAAAUGCUUUCCCCUGGAGGCCAACGCAGAUUACCUCAACGGCGUCAGUUUCAACAAGGGCUGCUAUGUUGGCCAGGAGCUAACCGCUCGCGUUCACCAUUCUGGCGUCAUCCGUAAACGUUAUAUGCCCAUCCGAUUUACGGCACCGAUCCGCUCCGACAUGACAGUGAAAUCUGUGUCGGGCGCCAGUCUUGGACGUGUCCUCGGACAUGCCCAAAAUCAUGGCGUGGCCCUGUUACGCAUCGAACCGGUGCUGAACAGUGCCCAGCAGCUGGUACUGGACGGUGAUCGCUGCUUUGCCGAGCGUCCCCAUUGGUGGCCCCAGCAGGCGACCACCAAGCGAGGCAUGGCUGCUGUCAACAUCGAAUGAGAGCAAAGAGAUUGAAUUUUGUUAUUUGUGUGAUUAGAAGUAAUCUGUUGUAUUUGUUGUUGUAAUCAAAUUAGUUUGCUAUGCGUAUAUAUACUAAAGUCCAUUUUGCGGUGACUGUCGAGACAGAGAGA